AUGGAAUCAAAUACACCUCCUCAUCACUCCAGACAAGAAUCUUGGAAUACGGAAUUUAACACUACGACAGAGGGUCUAAAAAAUGAUCACCUAGAACUUAAAAAGGAUAUAGCACAAAAAAGAGGAACAGUGAGGUGUUGGAGAUCUAAACCUGAUGCAGAAAUGGAACAUUCUCGUCUCUUUCCACUCUGUAAAUACGUUUUAGAUAAGAACGUAGGAAACGUACCUCUCAUGAGCAGCACCUUCUCCUUAACUAAAGUCAUCCGGUCCAAUAACACUGAACCGGUGCAUGUGAACUUUGUGAUGCAUCGACAGCGAAUGGAAUCAUUCAUGAACUGGCCAAGAGAUAAAAAGAUACCAAAAGCUGUUGAUUUAGCAGAGGCAGGAUUUUUACGACCAGCAAAAACUUUAGAGUUACACGACCUGGUUCAAUGCUUUCAGUGUGGAAUAAGCUUAGAGAAAUGGACAGAGGAUGACAUACCAUGGAAUCAGCAUGCUUUAUGGAACCCAUAUUGUUCGUAUCUUAGGAUGGUGAAGGGUGAAGAAUUUAUCAUGGAGUUGUCUAACGAGAGUCGAAAUAAUAGUGAAUUUCUCGGAAGACAUGACCCCAUCCCGAAACCACCCCAAGUCAGUUACAAGAAAACCGGCAUUAGGUGUAAUCUUCUAAUUUUCUCAGAUCUCUUAGCUUCUAAGUCAAAGGUUCUAAUUCUCAGCUAUCAGCUCAUUGCUGUUGAGGUUUAUUGCGAGAGGUUUUGUAAGUCUCACCAGAUUUCCUACUCCUGCUCCUGCCUCCGCGAUUUUGAUGAUAUUGCCUCUUUACCUGCUCGCGCCAAAGAUGUCUGCGGCAUUAUUGCAACGUCGGCAUGGCAACGGUGGCAUAAAUAUUUUUUUGUAUUUGGUGCUAAAUUACUAAUUAUCAUCAAGAACAUCCCUGAAAAGAUCAAGGCAUAG